ACUCGAGACAAAGCAAUGGCAUCUCCCGCUCCGAGCCCGGCCACGACGCUCCUCGCGCUCGCCACCCUCGCGGUGCUCGUCUCAGCCGCCGCAGCCGCCGCGGCGUGCUCAGAGUCCGACCGGGACGCGCUGCUCUCCAUCCGGGCGGCGCUGUCGGAGGCGCGCCUGGGCGUGUUCUCCACGUGGAAGGGCGACGACUGCUGCGCCAACUGGUACGGCGUGAGCUGCGACCCCACCAACGGCCGCGUCGCCGACCUGACCCUCCGCGGCGAGGCGGAGGACGCCGUGAUGGCCCCCGCCGGCCGCCCUGCCUCCGGGGUCAUGUCCGGCUACAUCUCCGACGGCGUCUGCCGCCUCGACGCGCUCUCCUCCCUCAUCCUCGCCGACUGGAAGCAGAUAUCCGGGCCCAUCCCGCCCUGCAUCGCCACCUCCCCUUCCCUCCGCAUCCUCGAGCUCCCGGCCAACCGGCUCACCGGUGAGAUCCCGCGCUCCAUCGGCAGCCUCUCCCGCCUUACCGUGCUCAACCUCGCCGACAACCUCAUCUCCGGCGCCAUCCCCGACUCCGUCACCUCCCUCGCUUCCAUCAAGCACCUCGACCUCGCCAACAACCAGCUCACCGGCCGGAUCCCAGCCAGCAUCGGCAACCUCGCCGCCACGCUCAGCCGCGCGCUGCUUAGUCGGAACCGGCUCUCCGGCCCCAUCCCUCCGUCCGUCGGGUCCCUGAGCCGGCUCGCCGACCUCGACCUCUCCGAGAACCGUCUCACCGGCGCGAUCCCGGACAGCCUGGGUUCCUCGGGCAGCGGCGUGCUCACGACGCUGCACCUCGGCGGCAACCGCAUCUCCGGGCGGAUCCCGACGAAGCUGCUGGCGACCAAGGGGCUCGGGAUCGUGAACCUCAGCCGCAACGCCGUGGAGGGCCCCAUCCCGGACGUGUUCACGGCCCAGUCCUACUUCAUGUUGCUGGACCUGUCGCGGAACCGGCUUACCGGCGGCGUGCCCAAGUCGCUGGCGUCGGCGGCGUACGUGGGGCACCUCGACCUCAGCCACAAUCGGCUGUGCGGCACCAUCCCGGCGGGCCCGCCGUUCGACCACCUCGACGCCGAGUCCUUCGCCAGCAACAGCUGCCUCUGCGGGUCCCCGCUCGGCAAGUGCACGUGAACGGACGUGGCGAGCGCUCACCGUGGCCGUCCGAUCGCGUCGACCCGAAUUCGGAUGAUCUUUACUAGCGACCUAGCGUGUGUGUGUGUGUGUGUGAUGUACCGUAACCGGGUACCAACUGCGUGGUCGUGCGUGACGAGUUGGGUAUAGAAGAAGUCAAGUACGUAGAUAAAUAUUGUACUGCCGAACGUGUGUGAGCAGAGCAAGGAAACGGCGAGGAAAAGGAGAAUCCAUUCUUUCCUCCUUUUCACUUUCACUUUCA